AUGUCUUGUACAGCAUCUUCAAGCGAUUCCGACAACAGUGAUAGACGACGCCGACCAGGUCCAAGACCCCCACCUCCUCCUCCUCCUCCUCCUCCUCCGCCAUUUCAAGGGAGCAAUAAUAAAUCAAAGAAGAAAAAUAAAUACGUAGCUCCUCAAGAUACGAUCGAUAAACUUUGGUCUCGAUUCUCUGCAUCCAGAUUCAGUAAAGCUACAAAAGUUUUACCAAAUGCAGCACCUUUUGCGAAAGGAACAUCUGCAAAGACCGUUAUUGUUCCUCCACCUGGCCCGCAGAAUCAGCUCGUUUCAGAAGACUUCGAAAGAGCGGUUCAAGAAUGCAGAGCCAAAGUUAAGAAACUUGUCAAAGAAUGUAGGCGAGUUAAUAUGCGUUUUCGUGACGCAAGCUUUGAUAUAGACUGGGACUUGAAAUGGGAGAAAGGAAAUUGUCUGAAUACACUUGAUGAGAUAAGAUUUGAAGUUUGCAAACGCGCUCUUAUCAAUCCUUCAUCCUCCGGGCCGAAGGCUGUCAAGAGAGUUCACGAAAUAUUUGAUAAGCCAACUUUCUUAGGAGAUAAGAUUUCUCCUUCGGAUGUCAGACAAGGAAGUCUUGGGGAUUGUUGGUUGAUGUCUAGUUUGACAGCAUUGGCAAAUACGAAAGACGGAAUUCAAAGAAUAUGUGUUGAAUGGGACACAAAAAUCGGGAUAUAUGGUUUUGUGUUUCAUCGUGAUGGUGAAUGGAUCAUAUCAAUUAUCGAUGACAAGCUCUAUUUGAAAUCGCCAGAUUGGGAUUCACCCUCAGUCCAUAGACAUCUACUCGAGCAAACCGACCGAGAGGACGUUGAAAAAGAAUAUCGAAAAACAUAUCAAACAGGGUCUCAGUCAUUAUUCUUUGCUCAUUGUAAAGAUCCAAAUCAAACAUGGCUUCCUCUUCUCGAAAAGGCUUAUGCUAAAGCACAUGGGGAUUUCCUUUCUUUGAGUGGAGGAUGGAUAGGGGAGGGUCUUGAAGAUUUGACAGGAGGCGUAACUACGGAACUUCUCACUUCGGAUAUUCUUGAUACUGAUGAAUUUUGGCAUGACGAAAUUCUCAAUGUCAACAAAGAAUUCCUUUUUGGUUGUUCUACAGGUCUUCUCGAUUAUGGUUACGGCAAUAGAGACGGAAUAUCUGAAGGGCAUGCAUACGUUAUCACGGAAGCUAGAGAGUUAUCUACUGGCGAGCGUCUCCUCAAAUUACGGAAUCCAUGGGGAAAAAUCAAAAAAGGUAAUUGGGAAGGUCCGUGGUCAGAUGGAAGUAAGGAAUUCACCCCUGAAGCUCAGAUAGAACUCAACCACAAAUUCGGAAACGAUAGUGUCUUCUGGAUUUCAUAUCAGGAUUUACUACGCAAAUAUCAACAUUUCGAUCGAACUCGGUUGUUCGUAGAUAGUCCCGAUUGGCGAUUGACUCAAGAGUGGAUCAGCGUAGAGGUACCAUGGAGAUCCGAGUUUGAACAGAAGUUCACUAUAACACUCAAGGAGGAAUCACCAAUAGUUUUGGUUAUGAGUCAACUCGACGGCAGGUAUUUUGUUGGUUUACAUGGUCAAUAUCACUUCAGAUUGCAGUUUCGGGUUCACGAGAUGAAUUCACCUGGUGAAGAAGAUUACAUCAUCCGAAGCCAUGGGAAUUACCUUAUGAGCAGAAGUGUGGUCGCUGAACUGAAAAGUCUCUCCGCCGGAACAUACACAGUAUACAUGAUGGUCAUAGCAGAAAGGGAUAAAGGUCUACAGAGUGUUGAAGAUGUCUUGAAAGAUGAAUUAAGUCGAAGAGAAGAUAAUGAGAAAUUGGCUACAGUCGGGAAUUCUUACGAUUUGGCUCACCAGAAAGGACUAUCUCACAUGGAUGCAAGAAUUAAAUUCAUAAAGGCUCAAGAUAAAGCAAAGGCCCGGGAGUCAAGGAUUGCUAAACGCAAAGUUCUUUGGGAGAAAAGGCAUAGUGCGCGAGAGAUAGUAAGGAAGCAAAAGAAGAAGAAUUAUGAGAAGCGUGAAGGUAAGGCAGAAAGAGAUGCCGAGUGGGCAAAGGAACAAGAAGAACGUGAGCCGAAGGAUCAAGGUGUUCAAACGGAGGAUAUUCCAGAAGUUCAAGUCGAGAAACAAGACAAAUCAAUACAAACUGAAGAUCCUAAUGAGAAUUCGAUAAGUACUACAAUUGACACGCAGCCCAUAAAUGAAAGGGACAAGGCAGUCCAGACAGAAGACUUUACACCAUCUUCUAAUGAGUCUCAGGCAACUCCUGUAACUCCAGAGAGUAAUGGCUCAUCUCCUCAUUCACCGUACACGAUGAUUCCGGAACCUGGCACCAAUCGCCGUGAAUCACUACCUCCACCUCCAAGCUUUGUUAAUCUUCGUAGACAUUUGAGUCGUCCACCAAGCUAUGGUCGAGGACCUCCUCACCCAAGACCAGGUCCAUAUGUUACUUCGGAGGGGGAAUCAAGUGCAAGUCCUCUUUCAGAUUAUGAUAUGUAUAGUGACGAUGAUCCGACCCUUAAGCCACGAAAUCAGCCUAACGAGCCCAAACCGCCAAAGGAAAAGGAAGUUGAUGAAGAUGAACCAGAGCCAUGGAAUGCGGUGUGUAUUGUUGGUUUCAGGGUGUAUAGUAAGGAUGAAGGAUUGGUUCUUGAUAUUUGCGAAGAGGGUAUGGAGAAAGAAGAGACUGAGUUGAAAGAGGAGAAUGAAGCUGGGAUUGAUGGUGAUGUGGAAGAUGCUGAAGAUGACAAAAACACCAAGAAGACGGGGAGAAAUGGGAAAGAUGAGAAGUUGAAAGAUACUGCAACAGGAGACGACUCAACACCUUCCGAUUUCGCAACCAAAAUUGAACCUGAUAAAGACUUAAAUAUCGCCAUCUCUGAUUCACACAACGUGGUUACUGGAACUUCUUCGUCAGUCAACAAUGACGCUAAAGAUAAUCCUAUCGAGAAGCAACCCCAAGUAGCCACUAAGAGCUUGAAAAUAGAGAAAGACGGCGACACUCAGCAGAAAUCAGUACUGGUGAUCUCAGAGGAUACGAAAGAUGACAUUGUGAAGGAAUCAGACUCUCAAUGCGACAUUGCAACAUCGAGCGAUUCUUUAACUCCCACAUAA